AUGAGCUCACCAACAGGUCUGCCACUGCCUCCAACGGGCGGGAUCUUGACGGUUCGUGAACAUGUUAAUGACAAUAGUGUGUCCUACAGUUGGUUACAGAUCUCCGCCUCGGCCGUGAUCGAAGCAUCUCCAGACAGAGUUUGGGAAACUCUCAUCAACUUGGAGUCAUAUUCGGAAUGGAACCCUUUUGUUCGAUCCGCGGAUGUGUGCAACGCGGCCAAGCACAGAUUAGAUGACCAAACACUCUCAGCGGGCAAGCAUGUAUUGCUGAAAGUGCAUAUGCCUCCCUCUAUGGACGACACACGAUCGUCGCGCAUGACACUUUGCGAGGUCACCCAUGUCGACCACGAGAACAGACGUGUAUGCUGGGGUUCGCACGAGUUACCCAAAUGGGUGUUGUAUAGCGAUCGCUGGCAGUCGGUCAUACCUGCGGAUCCGGAGGGCCGUACAAGCAAGUACGAAACGAGAGAAGUGAUGUACGGGUUUCUGGCGUUUAUCGUCAAACUGUUCUAUACCAAACCGCUUCAGGAAGGCUUCGAUGCCAUGGCGAAGGGCCUUAAGUCGAAGUCCGAGUCCCUUUAG